AUGGGAUGUUUCGCAGCUGAAGUUGAGCAAUGCAAUGAAAGUGGCUCCAAAAAACGCAAAGUGCAGGCUCCUGUAGAGCACAACAGGAUUGUUGCAAAAAUUUUGCGGGACUUUCGACGCAAUGGAAAACUGCUUGCACCUGUGACCUCUGCGUUGAACUUGCUUGACAGCACCUCUCUGCAGAGUGUCGGCCUGCAACCGCUUCUGCCAGGCCAACUGCGGAACGGAUACAUUCAACGAAGCAUCAUGCCAACGAAGCCUACCUGUUGGCCGGCCGCAUCUCCAGAGGUCAUUGACCACUUACAGCUUGUGAACGCACAUCCUCUUGAUCAGCAUUUGUCUUUUGAAGCGCUCAGCCACACAUACUUCUGGCAUGGCUGCCGGGUCAGCAUUUCAGCAACAGGCCUCAUCCAUAGAUUUUCCCAUGGAUUUGAUCCGGCGCAGGCGUUGGCAUUGAUGCGUAAUGGAAACCAAUGGCCAAGGCCAAAAUAUUUGAGAUCAAGCAUCCCAGCAUCACUAUUGUCAAAAUUACGCACCCUGGAUUAUGCCUCAGAACUUCUGUCAAUGCUGUCAGCGUCGCCUCCUCCAGCAGAAGAUAUUUGCAAGCUUGUGCGCCAUUUUAUUUCAGAGCAUCCACAAGACAAGGACCUGCUCCUCAGCGUUGCUAUAAGCGAUUCUGAAAUCUUGCAACAAUGGAAAAGUGCUGCAGAGGUAGGUGCCUCCCAGGGAACGUGGAUGCACACUUCUUUUGAAUGUCUUCUCAACGGAGGCUUUGUAACGACUUAUGACCACGAGCUGGCUUUGUGCGUGUUGUUUCUGCGUGCUGUUAUGGACAUGGGCGCCGUGAUUUACCGCACAGAGUGGAUGAUCUACGCGGAAGUGGAAGAUCUGGCCGGGUCAAUCGAUUUGGUUUUGAAGUUACCCAACAGCAAGCUCAUCUUGGUGGAUUGGAAGCGAACGCAAAGCAUUCAAUCAAAGUGCCAAAGCUUUGGGAGGAACAUGCUUGGUUGUCUCCAAGAUGUUCCUGACUGCACGCUUUGGCACUACAGACUUCAACUCAAUGUGUACAGACACAUCUUGCAAAACUACUAUACACAGGAAGUUUCCAUGAUGUUUAUUGUUGGUUGCCAUCCGGACAAUGGCGAGUCGCCCUUCGUCGAAAACGUUUGUUUGAUGGAAGAGCAAACGAUCGCCUUGAUGAAGACAUUGGAAGGGCGUGGGGCUUCCAGUGUCAACCCUGGCCAAACAUCGCCCCUACCAUUGUGCUUGUUGGGGCUUACUAGUGGCGGCUGGAAGCUAGAAACAGCUGCUGAUGCGGUUCUGAUCCAAAGCAUCUUCUGCAAACCGUUUCUUCAACCGCAAAAUUAUGAGCGCAUUUGGGUUCAACUGGAUGAAUUUUACAGAACCACAAGCCCCUUUUCGCACACACUUGCAAAGUUUCCAUCCCUUUUCUGGAUCUUGCCAGCUCCCUUUGACACUGCUGUGUCCCGUAUCGAGUGGCGCUACAAAUUGGAAGUUGCCCGCAUAUUUCUUCACUUAGUGAAAGAUGGGAAAGUCAUUCAGCUGGAAAGCGCCAUGAUUGCAUUCUUCUGGCCGGAAAUCCAGUCCAACCCAUCCCUUCUCGACGUCGUCAGCACUGCCAAGUCUUCGAGCCGCAAGGGGCAGAGUAGAAAAGACAAAGUGUUGGGUGUCCAAUAUGCUUCCAACCGUGACGACAGACGAGGAGGUGCCUCAGAUGAGGAGUCGUUCAAUGCACGAGUGGAUGCAGAGAUUGAAGACCAGGCCUGUGCCUCGAACCAACCCAGAUCGCAAGCUGGCGCAGAGCCUGCCGCAAUCGGAGCAACGCAGGCCAAGGAGGAGCCAUUGGAUGAUGCAGAGCCUGACAUUGGAGACGAGGUUCCAGAGUCAACAUGGAAGGUUUUGAAGAAACGCCGUCUCCUACCAGGAGCGCUCACCUCUUUUGAUGAUUUUGCAAAUUUAUUCCAAAGCUUAGCAGAUGUGAACGAUGAGUUCCAGGGUCAACCCGCUGAGCCGGUUUCCAACUUUGAUACAAUCUUGCAUGUGGUUCAGAAGUACCAAGAUAACAUUGGGGCCCUCUAUCCCCGAUUUUCGAAACACAUGGUGCGUUUGGCCACUGCUGCGCGGGCAAUCUUUUGUUUGCGACUAGCUGACAUGUCGAUCCGGGAGCAUGCCUUGAUGCUGUGGAUCAUAGAAGGCUCCGAUUUCUUGAGGUUUCAUGAAGGUGAUUGCUACAUGCUACACCCUUGUGGUGCCUUUCAGAGGUACAAGGGGGUGCCACCUGACUCCAGCAGAAUCAGUAGUUUCCUUUUAGAGCUGGAAGGCAUGUUUCGGCGCUUUCCCGAAGAUUCACCUCGCGACCACGAGCGGCUUCUCCAGGUCAUCAACCAGCAAUGGCAAGAGGCUGGGGAAAAUGAAGAGCUGCUCAAGACGAGGUGCAUCAAGGCUGCAGUAAGCAAUGUGGGGGAAAGCUUAGUGAAGCAGCGGGGUGGAGAUGACGCUGAUAUGGAUGGAGAUGUGAAAAAUUGGCGAGUUUAUGCAGCACGUGUUGUGCUCCAGUUGAAGGUACGGCUUGCGCGGGAACUCACAGAGGAAAAACUUCUGCACUACAUGGUGGAAUGGUGCGAGACUCCAAAGAGAACCGCAUCCGCAUGCUGCUUCGAAGAUUGUUGCGUUGAGUAUUGCAACGAGGGUGUAGCUCGCCAGGUCGCAAGGGCUAACAUCAAGGACGUGUACACCUUCAUUCCACAUAAGCUCAAAGGGGUUGUGCAACCAGACAUUGUCGAAAGGCUGCAGAAGUUCUACCGGCAAACGUUUUGGUGCAACCUUCCUGUCUUUAAGUGUUGCCAAGCAGCGCAGGCUUUGGCGAAAAGAGGGUACAAUGUCGUGCGGAUCUUCAUUGGCCUCUCUUCUGGAGGAGUUGGGCAGUCGCUGUAUUCAGCUCAUCUGCAGGCGAUGUAUGGAACCAACUUUGCGUACUUCGAUCCGAACAUCUGGUGGAACGAAGACGAGAUGAGAAAGCAGAUUGAGCAGCUGAAUGGUUGCUUUGUGCUGACAGGACAAGAGGCCCCGGGCACCAACAAGCGGCUCAGAGAGGAUCUCUAUAAAAAGUUUAUGAGUGCCGAAGGCAUUUCGGGUCGCAAGCCGUACGGCCUUCGUACCCGCAUGAUAGAAUGUCGUGGAUGGAAGAGAUUGGAAGCAAACAGAAUGUUCAAGUUCAUGCAAGUCAGCAAGAAAGACUUCAAUGCUAUCUUGAGGAGAUCCUUUGUGUUUCGCAUCCUCGCGCGCUUCGAAGACCCUCGCGCGAUUGAAGGAGCUUAUGCAGACAUGUGGAGAGACGGUAUCUUCCCAAAGGACCCGGACCUCAAGCAAUUUCUCACCUCCGGCCCUGCCAUUCUGGCCGCCUUGCAGAUCCAGAACGCUUUUGAGAUGAAAUACGGCAAGGACGAAUGUGAGCGCUUGAUCGAAGACUAUGCAUAUUGGGGCGGCGACCAAGGCCUCACGGAGCAAACCAUGCGGGAAGCGUGCGGGAUGCCCCCCCGUGACGUCCGCAAUGUAGCAACCCGCGCUGCUAGUGUUAUUGUGCUUGACUCCGAGCCCCCACCUGCGGACGAUCCUGAUGUAGUUUGGUGCAAUGUGUCCGAGACAUUGAUGAACCAUUUGCUCAUACAAAGGAGGUUGGACCUCACGGCUCCUAUGCUGAAAAAGUUGAAAUUCAACAGAGUUCCAAACUUGAGCAAGGAGCAUCUUAUCGACACCAUGAAGGAAAACAAGAGAUUGAUCCAGUCAAAUUCUCGAGGAAAAAGUGAGAUUGUUUUUGCUCUUGGCAUCACUACUGGGGUGAAGCUACAAAGCCUCAUUGCCUACACGGACAGAACUAGUUGCCCCGACUUGGAAGAGAGCCUAGCAACCGCAGCCUUUUCAACAUAUGUUGAGGCACCCAGCAGGGCUGACAAUGCUCAACUCUUGGCCUUGGUCUACAAAAACAUUGCAAGGAAAACGGGGGCAGCUGGACGCCCAACUGCUGCAGCAAAAGCAAAGAAGGAGAAGUAUGCUGAAAGGUCACAAAAAAUGUUCGACCAUGAGCGCAUGUGCUUGUCGCUCUUGAAGGAGCUCACUGGCCCGCAGGUCGUUUCUUCUCAGCAAAGUCCUGCCCGGAAAAGGUUAAGGAUGAAGGGCCCCGAGGUAAAGCAGGAGGAGACCAGAGUCAAGGACGAAAUUGUUGAUGAUGAUGCUAGGCGAAAGCUUUGGACCGUAGAGUCAUCUUACGAGUACCCCAGCACCACAGUGUUGCGCACACGAAAGAUUGUAAAAGGCAUCCGCGCUCAAAAAUUCACCCGGAGAGCCCAGCAGCAUCUGCUUUCGCACACCCAUGACCUUGACAUUUCCAAUUCUGUUUUCACAGUGAUCGCCCAGCUCUUAGACAAACUGAAGCCGGUUAUCCGCGAGGAAUUGAAAACAAGUCGAGAAAAGGGAAAACAAAUUCUGACUGCAAUUCUGUAUGGUGGAGCCAUCCCUGAUGAUUUGGCCGGCAAUAAAUUCUUGAUAUGCAUCAGCAAAGUGUCCCUUUAUGUCCGAUGGCUAUCCAUGUCUUUGCUAGAAGACGAAUUCCAUCGCUUUCGUUCUCCAGCCGUCAACAAGAAGAACCCUGAUAUGUCCAUUCUUGCUCAUCUCUAUCAGGCAGCAGAAGACUACAUCUUGAGCGAGUGGGUGGUCUUUUUGCAGACUUUGAAACCAACCCAUGUGUCUUUGCACUUCGACGGAGUGCGGGUCGCCUUGCCCCACGACAUGGACACACAAGAACUAUGUGACUUGAGCCAGAAGCAUAUCGAGAUGAAAACUGGAUUUCAGGUCCACAUUCGUGAGAAGCGUCACAGAAGUGUUUUGCAACUUAUCAAAAAUAGUUCAGAGCAAGCGCCGGCAAUGGGAACGGGUGAGAGCUUGUUGGAAAAGGAUGGAAACUGCAUACCUGCCGCCAUUGCAAGCCUUCUAGGCAAUCGGGCUUUGGUUGAGCAAGCUGUGGCCGCAGAGUCAGAGGCUGCAACCACCCGUUCUUACAAGCAAUGCGAGAAGCUGUGCAAAGUAAAGCUCAUUCCGUAUGUUCAGGUUUCAGAACUUGACGCUGGAAUUUUUUUGGUCCAUUCAGAGGGCUUGGGGGUGCCACAUUGUGUGGGGCUUCGCAUUGGCGAGGAUGAUGGCGCAUGCGUCGUCUAUGAUACAGAUGGCGCAUACAAGCAGUCUCGAUCGGCUUUUGAGCAAGCAGUAGCUGCAGGUAUGGAUAGUUCAACAUGUGUCUAUUUUCGGGUUCUGGACGAAUCUGUCGACCCUGCGCCCUUCUGUUCUGACGAGUUGGACGAUGAAGAUGUGGCCUCGUUGCUGAAUCUGGAAGCUUCGGGGCGCAAGCGGCCUGCUAGCAUACAGGAGCCACCGCAAGCACCUGAUCAAGCUAGAUCGUCGCUGCAGCAGCCAUCCGUUUAUGUGCUCAGCUCUGAAUCAGGAGAUGAAGUUGCAGUUGUAGAUAUUCCUUCGGAUACAGCUUCUACAGGCGCUGUCGAAGGCGAUGACCCACCAGAUGAUGGUGAACCGGGUUGCAACCGAUGGCUGGAAGAUGGGGCUGUCGUCAUUACAGAUUCGGUUCUGCUCGGCAGCUUGGCGAAAGAAGUUUGUGAUCAUAUUCGGCAAGGACAGUUUGUACAGGUGAUGAACAAGUAUUCGUGUCCAUUGUGCCCGUGGCGGAGCUUUCAAAGUCCUAGCCGUGUGAAAGAGCAUCUGUCCAAGUAUCAUGUGGCAAAAAACCAAUAUUGCUGUUCAGGCACGAAGCAACUGAAAUGCGUACUAUCGCUCCAUGAUUCAGACAUGAUUGCAGGUGUUCGUCACGGAAAGUAUUUGCUGCGCAGCGCGCAAGUGCUACGGGAACAGGUCCAGCCACCGCUUCCAUCGUCUGUCAACUGGAUCGACAAAAGCAUUCGCCUGGUGCUCGAUUCAACGGGCCCCCGGUAUGUGAAUGUAACCGUUCUCGGACACAGCCUGGUCGCCCGCCGGGUUGGAAAUAUCUAUUACACAAGGCCCUUUGCAGAGCAGCUCUUCCAAGAGAUUGUCCUGCACCACGCAAAGGUGAAGACAGUCUGGCCCAGGUUUAUGCUGGAUGCUGCCCGACAUGCUUGCAGUUUAGUGAACUUGCUUCCAUCCCAUACAGCCCGAUGGUGGCCUUUGGUUGAAGAUGUCUUCUUUUCUGACCGGUGCCUCGCCUUGCGAUCUUCCAUUCUGGCGGAAUGUGUCUCACACGAGGAAUACAAAGCAAUUUCCAUUGAUGGCACUUUCAGGGUGUGCUUGAGCGUGUUGGGGCAAAAGCCGUUCAAUGCGGGAAAAGCAGCUCGGGAAGAUGCACCCUUUCAUGGGAGUGAGAGCGUGAACCGUGUGAUCACCGUUCGGGGGCGUACUGGCGCAGUGGUUGCUAUGUUUCCCGCGCCUGGCGAAGGGGCCGAAGACAUUCGGCUGGGAUUGACCAAGCACGCUAGCGCUGCAGCACUUCAUCAAGUCUUGUAUGUGGCUACGGACGCGCCCAGUUACAAACUGUUCACCACCCUGAAAGAAAUCAUGCCAAACUUGGUUGCGUUGUCUUUGGACCCAGUUCACCUUUCCAUGCACUACGAAUCCGCUUCGGGCCGUAAGAAGACGGCGGGGUCUGCAGCUUUGCGGCGAUGUAUGGCCAAAUUCAACAACCAAGAUGCCAGCAUGGCUUGCGAACAGCGGUGGCAAUUCUUCACAAAAGAUGCUAAGCCAUUCACUUCUGCUGAGGAGGCAUUCCGCACGCAAAUCUUGGAUGGUAGCAUGGGCGAGGCGAAAGCCCGAAGAGUCUUGCAAAAGUCCGAAGAGCUGCUUGUUUGGACUUGCCGCAAAGAUUUUCUUGAACAUCUGGCUGCUAUCAGCUCGUGCUUCAGACCUGAGGUCGUCAAGAAGUCAGAGGAAGGCAAGCCGUUGUACAAGCUGCUGUGGAGUGCCACGCAGCCAGAUCGGUUGGGCUACUUGUUCAACAAUUUGCUGGUGAGGGGACGCCUAUCACCAACGGAAAAUGCUUUGCUACCAGCGGGCACCACAAGUAAUGAGAGCUUGCACGCUGAACUCAAUGGAUGGUUCCGUCAGACACAGAGCUUGCACAAAAGUACUUUAGAAAUCAAACUACACAUCUUGACCCUUGCCAAGCUCUUGUCUCAUAAUUCAUAUUGUAUUCACCCACAGCCAGGCAGAUGGUUUCGGGCCACGUGUUGGCCCGAAGGCUUGGUGGUGGGUUGUGGAACUCAGAUGCAUGGAAUUCAUGGGUUGGCUGCGAUGUCAAAGCCAAGCCCAAGCUCCCCCUUGACGCAAGACGCAAGGAGGAAGCCAGGAAAGUCAAAGACUUUCUUGCCAAAAGGCCAGCAGCACGGAUGA